AUGGCCUUCUUCAAGAGCUUCCAGCAGACCCUGCCAUCUGUCAACAUUUCCUCUAUCCUGGAUUCGGUCAGCAGUCGUGUGGACGACCUCGCCAACACCGUUAGUGAUGUCACCUAUUCCGUCAGCGAUCAGCUCACUGAGCAGGUCACCACCAUCAUCAGCAAGGUCCAAGAUGCAGAAGACAAGGAGAACGGCAGCAGCCAGGAGCCGGGUCAGGCCUCCAACACGCAAGAAGGCAGGACCGGCAGUAAAAGUAUGUGGCAAACGCAGAGAGACUCGAAUAACGGCCAGGCAGGAGCGAAAACCAACAAGGGGAGUGAGGCGGCAGAGGGAGGGAACACUCAGCUGGAGUGGGAAUGGAGGGAUGGAUGCUGGCGAGUAAAAAAGUCAGAAGCCGAGUUAGCAGAGGAAGAGAGGAAGAAGAAGGAGGAGAAGGAGGAGAAGGAGAGGAGAGAACAGAGGAGAAAAGAGAGGAGAGAGAGGCAGCUGGAGAAAGAAGCCGAGACGAAGAGACGUGAAGAAGAAUCCAACGUGGAGGCCGCUGAAGCCUCAGAGAGAACCGAGAACAGCGAUGGACGAGACAGAGAGGCAGCUCAGAGUGACGAUCAGUCCGCCGCUCAGGGAAGAAGCGACGACGGCCAUGAAACUCCCCGUUCACCCCGUUGUGAAAACGAGACAGGAGAAUCAAAACGAAAAGAGGAAGAAGACGGAGAACAGGAGGAGGAGGUGGAAGACGGCUCUGAGAGGGAGGCGGACAACGAGGAAGAGGGUGAGCCGCCCAAAUCUGCCUCCACGGCGAAAAAGAAGAAGACGGAUAAGAAGAAAGAGAAGGGGAGUUCAAAGAAAUCUGAAGCAGCUUCAGAUGGGGAGAAAAAGAACGUCAAAGAAAAGAAAAGCAAGAAGAAAAAGAAAGGAAACCAAGAUGGAGCCGUUUCAGACAGUGAAGAAGAAAACAGCCCAGAGGCUGUGACCCAGCAGAACACAACGUCUGCGUGGAGCCGAAGCAGACAGUCCAGUGAGCAGGGAGGAUACAGCAGCGAGGCCUCCAGCGAACAAGCCACCAGCAUUCAGAGAAUAAAGAAAGAGUCUUCCCAAAGUGAAAGUCAGCCUCCUCCAUACAAGAGUUCAGGAAAAAACAAGUCCUGCAGCUCAGGGCGAGGAGUCAGGAGGGCGUCGUCCCCGAAGCGCUGCGGCAGCUCCCGCUGCUCGAGUAACGCCAGCGUGGACCAGGAGACGGAGAGCUACCUCAACAAAGAGGAGGACAUCCCCAGUGACAGCACGGCUGUUCUCGGACCAGAGGAUGGUCUUCACCUCCCCGCAGCCUAUGAGCCCGAGCCCCUCGCUCAGUACGGCACGCUGGACGUUGCCUUCGAGUACGACUCCAGUGAGCAGUGGCUGGCGGUCACCGUCACCGCAGCAACCGACAUCCCCGCCCUCAAACAGACCGGCAACAUCUGGUGGCAGGUCCACCUGGUGCUGCUGCCCACCAAGAAACAACGGGCGAAGACGGGCGUACAGAAAGGCCCGUGUCCCGUUUUCACCGAAACGUUCAAGUUUUCCCGAGUGGAGCAGGAGGCCCUGGCGGACCACGCCGUUCGCUUCCGCCUGUACAGCAUCAGACGGAUGAAAAAGGAGAAGGUCCUGGGAGAAAAGGUGUUCUACCUGACUAAGCUAAACCUGCAGGGGAAGAUGGCGCUACCCGUCACUCUGGAGCCGGGCUCUGAACUUACAGGCUGCGGCUCUUUGGUGAGCGUUUCUCGCAGUGCAGGAGCUCUGUCCUACCGCUCCACUGAAGAUACAUCGCUGCCAGAAAUCCUCCUGGGUCUCAUCUACAACUCUGCCACGGGACAGCUAUCAGCUGAGGUCAUCCAGGGAAGUCACUUCAAAACCACAGCGUCUGAUAAACCUGUCAAUGAUCUGUUUUGUUGUGUAAAACACUUCGUAGGGGGACAGCUGUACGUCAUGAGAGACACCUACGUGAAGCUCACCAUGCUGGACUCCAAGGGCAAAGAGAUGUCCAAGCGUAAGACGGCCGUGUGCCGCGGCCAGCCCAACCCCACCUACAAGGAGACGUUCGUCUUCCAGGUGGCGCUCUUCCAGCUGUCAGAGGUGUCGCUGGUGGUGACGGUGUUCUGCCGGCGGAGCAGCAUGAAGCCCAGGGAGAAGCUGGGCUGGGUCUCCCUGGGCAACAACAGCACCAGCGAGGAGCAGCAGACCCACUGGACAGAGAUGAGGGAGGCGGAGGGUCAGCAGGUCUGCCACUGGCACACGCUCACAGACACAUAGGAGACGGAUUUAGAAGACCGGACCUACAAUAAGAGCGCUCCCAUGAUGCUCGGAGCCACGGACACACGCAGCAGACGUGUUCGCGAGGAUGGGAUGAGUUCGCAGUCUUUACUGCCAGACUGCGUGGACACCCUAUAAUCUGCUUUUCUCUGAGGCAGGCAGUG